GGGCCAGAGUGUGUUUAAAGAUCUUCCUCUCUCAUCAUCUUCUUCAGGGGCCACAGCUCAAGUCAACGGUCACCAGUCCGUCCGCUCCCUGCCCUCUGUCCGUCACGACGUUGGUCGCUACCAGAGAGUAGAUGAGCCCCUUCCUCCCAACUGGGAGGCCCGUAUAGACAGUCACAGUCGUGUGUUCUAUGUGGACCAUGUGAACCGCACCACCACCUGGCAGAGACCCACCGCUCCUCCAGCACCGCAGCUCCUCCAGAGGUCCAACAGCAUACAGCAGAUGGAGCAACUCAACCGCAGGUAUCAGAGUAUACGCAGGACGAUGACCAAUGAGAGAACAGCAGAGGAGCUGACAGCUCCGCCCGAGGUGCCCACCGACGACACUGACCACCACACUAUCCCAGAGUAUCGUCGUGAUGGUGUGGUGGCUCCAGAUAGCUCUCGUUCUCGUCUCAGUCUGCUCCUCCAGUCUCCCAGCGCCAAAUUCCUGACCAGCCCAGACUUCUUCACCGUGCUGCAUUCCAACCCUAGUGCCUACCGCAUGUUUACAGGUAAUACCUGCCUGAAACACAUGAUCAGUAAGGUGCGUCGGGACACGCAUCACUAUGAGCGCUACCAGCACAACAGAGACCUGGUGGUUUUCCUCAACAUGUUCUCCAACAAACAGCUGGAGCUGCCCCGUGGCUGGGAGCUGAAGCACGACCACACUGGCAAGCCUUUCUUUGUGGACCACAACUGCCGGGCCACUACGUUCAUCGACCCUCGGCUCCCUCUCCAGAGCAGCACACGUCCCAGCAGCCUCCUGGCCCACCGCCAGCACCUGACCAGACAACGCAGCCACAGCGCUGGCGAGGUCAGCCCACAACACAUGGUGGGUGAGCACCCUCGUCACUCUGGAGGAGGACCCCCUGUAAUGCCCCGCCCAUCCAGCACCUUCACUACGGGCAGCCGCACCCAGUACCAAGACGUAGUGCCAGUGGCUUACAACGACAAGAUAGUGGCGUUUCUACGACAACCCAACAUCUUUGAGAUCCUGCAGGAGAGACAGACAGAGUUUAUCAGGAACCACUGGCUCAGGGAGAAGGUGCAGUUGAUCCGUAAUGAAGGGGCCUCUGGUCUGGCCAGGCUGUCUGGUGAUGCAGACCUGGUCAUCCUCCUCAGCCUGUUUGAGGAGGAAGUGAUGUCAUAUGUUCCGCCUCACGCCUUACUGCACCCCAGCUACUGCCAGUCCCCACGAAGCUCCCCCGUGUCCUCUCCACAGAACUCACCUGGAACACAGCGAGCUAAUGCCCGUGCCCCUGCCCCCUACAAGCGAGACUUCGAAGCCAAACUGCGAAACUUCUACCGCAAACUGGAGACCAAGGGCUACGGCCAGGGCCCAGGGAAGUUAAAGUUGAUCAUCCGUAGAGACCAUCUCCUGGAGGAUGCCUUCAACCAGGUCAUGUGUUACUCCCGUAAAGACCUGCAGAGGAGCAAGCUCUAUGUCAGCUUCCUGGGAGAGGAGGGGUUGGACUACAGCGGCCCGUCCAGAGAGUUUUUCUUCCUGGUGUCUAGAGAGCUGUUCAACCCGUACUACGGCCUGUUUGAGUACUCCGCCAACGACACCUACACCGUUCAGAUCAGCCCCAUGUCUGCCUUCGUAGACAACCAUCACGAGUGGUUCCGUUUCAGCGGGCGUAUCCUGGGUCUGGCUCUGAUCCACCAAUACCUACUGGAUGCCUUCUUCACUAGACCCUUCUAUAAGGGCCUGCUGCGCAUCCUAUGUGAGCUGAGUGAUCUGGAGUAUCUGGAUGAGGAGUUCCACCAGAGUCUCCAGUGGAUGAAGGACAACGACAUCGAGGACAUGUUGGACCUCACCUUCACUGUCAAUGAGGAGGUGUUCGGACAGAUCACAGAGAGAGAGCUGAAGCCGGGCGGGGCCAACAUCCCAGUGUCAGAGAAGAAUAAGAAGGAGUACAUUGAGCGCAUGGUGAAGUGGCGUAUUGAGAGAGGAGUGGUUCAACAGACAGAGAGUCUGGUCCGGGGAUUCUAUGAGGUGGUGGAUUCCAGGCUGGUGUCAGUGUUUGAUGCCAGGGAGCUGGAGCUGGUGAUAGCUGGCACCGCUGAGAUAGACCUGGUGGACUGGAGGAGCAACACUGAUUACAGAGGAGGUUACCAUGACAACCACAUAGUGAUCCGUUGGUUCUGGGCGGCGGUGGAGAGGUUCAACAACGAGCAGAGACUCAGGCUGCUACAGUUUGUGACGGGUACCUCCAGUAUUCCCUACGAGGGUUUCGCCUCUCUCCGAGGCAGCAACGGACCCCGCAGGUUCUGUGUGGAGAAAUGGGGCAAAGUUACCUCUCUACCCAGGGCUCACACCUGCUUCAACCGGCUGGACCUCCCUCCAUAUCCAUCCUUCUCCAUGCUGCACGAGAAGAUGCUCACUGCCGUGGAGGAGACCAGCACCUUCGGCCUGGAGUGAUGACCCCUAUCACCUUUAACCCCCACUCCUCCUACAACCUUUGACCCUGACCUCUGAACUGUAGUAUCACAGAGGUAGAGGAACCCAAGGGGUUCAAGGGGAUGACUGUCUAGUCUGUCUGGCACCCUGUUGUAUCUUUAUACACACUCACCUUCCUGAAGUGAGCUGAACAGAGCAGAAUAGACCGAUGUCUAUCAGAGGGUAUGACCCCUGCACAACGCCAGGGGUCACUGUGAUGGUUAAGGUCACUUAGACACACUGCCAACACAAACCAAAGGAGAGCACCCUAACACUCACACCCUUGUUACUCCAUUAGACCAAUGGGAGAGAUGGAGUCGUAAGCCUCCAACCAAUCGCACAAUGAAGGAACAAAAACCAAGACCUGGAGUGAGACUCCAGCUGGCUCAUCACGUUUUAUUAUUUAAAAUACGGAUUUCCAAUGGAGUCUCGUAAGGAAGGUGGUGGUCGAGCUUUUCCUGGAAAGCAGAAGAAACACAGAUGCUUUAUCUCACAGAGAGGCUGAGGCGGACAUCACAGGACAUCGCUCCUCUGAGAGGCUGAGGUGGACAUCACAGGACAUCGCUCUUCUGAGAGGGUGAGGUGGACAUCACAGGACAUCGCUCCUCUGAGAGGCUGAGGUGGACAUCACAGGACAUCGCUCCUCUGAGAGGCUGAGGUAGACAUCACAGGACAUCGCUCCUCUGAGAGGCUGAGGUAGACAUCACAGGACAUUGCUCCUCUGAGAGGCUGAGGUGGACAUCACAGGACAUUGCUCCUCUGAGAGGCUGAGGUGGACAUCACAGGACAUCGCUCCUCUGAGAGGCUGAGGUGGACAUCACAGGACAUCGCUCCUCUGAGAGGCUGAGGUGGACAUCACAGGACAGUGUUGCUCCUGGAGAAGGGGAUGAGAGGAGAGAGGAGGAGAUGAAAGAAGACAAGACAGGUGCUCUUCAGCUGCUGUGGCCACGCCUCCUGCCCUGUCAGGGAGAGAACCAACCAAUCAAGUUCCAGGCAGCUUUGUGACCUGCCCUUGUUGAACACUCUGACAGGUGUGUUCUAGAACAGAACACUGAAGUAGCCCAUGGUGAUGCGGUGGUGUCUGUGUGCUGAAGCUGACCUUGUUGAACACUCUGACAGGUGUGUUCUAGAACAGAACACUGAAGUAGCCCAUGGUGAUGCGGUGGUGUCUGUGUGCUGAAGCUGACCUUGUUGAACACUCUGACAGGUGUGUUCUAGAACAGAACACUGAAGUAGCCCAUGGUGAUGCGGUGGUGUCUGUGUGCUGAAGCUGACCUUGUUGAACACUCUGACAGGUGUGUUCUAGAACAGAACACUGAAGUAGCCCAUGGUGAUGCGGUGGUGUCUGUGUGCUGAAGCUGGACUCUCUCUACAGGCUUUUCAUCUAUCUGCAAAAUGUCUUUUGUAACGGCCACAAACAAUGAUAUGUUUUUGAAUGUACUGACUGAUAUCACGAUGAUGCGCUUGAAUGUGUCGUUUUUGUACGUCGCUCGAUGACUCGUCAAAUCAAAAUGGCUGCCUCAUUCUUAACAAACUUCAGGGCAAGCUAUAAGCACGAAUAACCAAACUCAGCUACGGUUUGUUCGAUAAAGACAUUACAUUGAGUUGGCUUUCCCAUAAUGUUAGACACAAGCUCACACACACACUCUUUCAGUGUUUUAGCUGUUUUCAUUGUUUGCAAGUAUGUUGAUUGUCAUCGUCGCUUUAUCAUUGAACUACACUGCCAGAGUAGAGGGUGAUCUGAACUUUUAAAAUCCGUCAUGGUUGUUUGUUGCUCUUGUUUUUAACUUGCUUCUACUUUUUCUCCUUAUGUACAUUAUCCUGAUUGGCACCUAAUUGAAUACGUUGGUUUGAUCUGUUCCUAUUUCAAUAGGGGUUGGGACCCCGAUAUAACAUCAUAUAAUGACAAAUGUUCGUAUGACCGUGAUAAUGAAAGUAAAACAUGGUGAUUAACAACCUGCAUGUCGAGACACACACACACACACACACACACACACACACACACACACACACACACA